AUGCAGAUCGAUCCGGCGGCUUUAAGUCGCAAUGACUCUCCAAACACAAUCAAAGGCACGGCGACCAAUGGCCCAGCAUCAUUAAAGAGCUCUAGGGCUCUGAUAUCGGUGCCACGGCUGGAGCUGGAGCCUGUGUACACGGACUUGAAGGCCGCCAUCGGAGACAAGUGGGCCGAGUACAAGGAAGCCACAGCUCUCUUCUUACUAGGACAAUUCAACCAGAAUGAAUACGCGUCGCGAGUCGACUACUUUCUAUGCGCCGAUCCAAAGAACGAACACCUCCAUAACAAUUUCGUUUGCGCGCUCAUCGGAAACCUCACGCGAGACCUCCCCGAUCAUGGCGUCGCAAACUGGGUAUCGGCUAACGAUAAACCAUCAACGGCCUCAAAACCUGUCUCCGGGGAUGCUGCAGAGCAGAGGCUGAAGACUGAGGUCAUGCAGCUACCUCCGAGGGACCGCCGGCGCAUAAAAGGAAUUCCAGAACGAGAUCCCAACGAGAUCGUUCUUACAGAGCUAGAACAAAGCCAUCUAGCAAAGCAGAUCAAAUUGCCUAGCCAGGUCCCCGCAAGCGCCGGAGGCCUCAACAAGACUAACUGGGAACUGGAAAUUCGAAAGCGCUAUGCCCAGCCCCUCGCCGCAGAAACCGGCGAAUUCCCCGAUUCAGAAUCGAUCCAUUCCCGCAUGGUUCCUAUAUGUUACGAAGAGUCUCUGCCCGGCGGUGCUGGUCUCUCUUGUGCGGAAUUUAUGGCGAUUGCGACAGAAACCUUUGUCAAGGAAGUACUGUCUGCCGUAUUCUCGCGCACACGAUCAAACGGACCGUCGGGUACGAUAAAUAACAUGAUGAUGCGCAAGUACCGACAACAACUCGAAGUUGAGGAGCUCGCUUAUACAAGAGGUGAAAUUGCCAAGGACGCUGCCACGGGCUUACUCCCGGUUGAAGCCAGGGAGGCUAGCAUGCGACAACCACUUGGCGUGAGGGACCUCCGCCUUACCCUGGAACUGGGUGGCGGUGUCCUUGGCCACAUGCCAUUGAUCGUGGACCAAAUCAUGGGUGGAUACUUCGAAGAUGAGUUAGAGACCGAAAAGCAAGAUCGUCGGGAGAAUGGGGUUGGCGAGCCCCAUGAGCACAUCAAACAGGCCGAAGAUGAGAUGGACCUGGAUGAAGACGAAGACGGCUCUCUGCUAGACUGGGAGGGAGGCACUCUCGGUGAUCGAGAUCAGUUGAGCGGAUUGCUCGAUGAGUGUCUGUCUAUGGCCGCGUGA